AACUGUUGCUAUAAAAGGUAUAAUUAAGGCUACAGAGUUGCUAUUUCUGAAAUUUUUCCUUCAGAAAAUAGGCAGAUAAGAGGCCCAAACUUCAAAUUUUCUCCAUUCAUUUUUGUAAUUCAUACUUGGUUUAUGUGCUUGUAUUAAACUCUUAAAUUUGGUUAAAUCUAAAUAGGAAAAAAUUCACAUACUUAAGGCCCUAAUUAUUAGUUUUAUAGCAACAGUUUCAUAAUUACAUUUUGUAGCAACUUCUAUUUUGUAUUUUUAAAAAAAUGCUGCUAUAAAAAUACAUAUACAAAUAUUUUGACUUCCCUUAAAUAACUGAAAUUGGUUGAGAUAAAUAUGGUAUAAUUACCAAUUAAUUAAAUUUGUAGGUUCGUUUUUCAUUAAAACAACUUCAAUCACGUGAUUUCCGUUACAGCUUAACAGCAGUAAACAAUUUUCAAAUUUCAAUUUUCUCCAUUAACGAGUUCAUCAGGAAAAAAACACAAAUUCAAAAUUUGGUGUUAGUUUUUCUGAGCAAUUUCUUCUAAUUUGAUAGUAUCUUCUUCGAAAUCAGCAUCAGUUUCGAAACGAAUCAUUAAUUUGUUUAAAUCAAAUUCAAGUGCAGAUUCUUCAGUUCAAUUUGUUCGAAUUAACUAUCAGUUGCAAAUUCAACCAUUAUCGUAGUCUAAGAAAUGGGAAGCAUACCAGUCCUUGUGAAGCACUCUGGUCGAUGGACGUAUGAAAAAAACUUCAAAAAAUAUGUCACUGAUGCUAUACUGUUGAGCACAUCAGCAACAUUCGUUGAGCUACACGAUGUUUUGGAAUCUCAUUUAAGUGUGGAUUUAACCAGCAAACGUAUUCUAGUGGAAUAUCAAAUCACUGCUAAUGCAGGGCAGAUAGAAAUACAUAAUGCUAUGGGUUUAAAGGUGUUUAUUUUUCAGAAAAAGCAAAUACAAGAGAUGAAUUGUCUUCCGUUAUAUGUAAGCAUUUUGGAGAAAGUUGUAGGGAGUAAUGUGGCAAGUUCGUCUAUAUGUGUUCCUGAAAGAAUUACCAACUCUGACAACUUGAAAACAGUGAUAAAUACAACAAAUAAAAGAGCUUUGGUGGUUUCUGAAGAUACACAAGCAUUAGAUGUAUUUGAAAUGGAUAUUGUUGAGGUGAUUAUCUCAGACCUACAUCACAAGCAUGUUGAGGAAGACCAGGUUUACUUGACAAAAAUAAGUUUAAAGUCAGUCAUGAAGGACUACUCAAUUAGGGAGAAGUUUCAAACGCGAAGUAAAAGGUCAAGUAAUAAGAAAUACGUACAUUCUAUAUCACUCUGUUCUUGUUUAAUAUUAGUUUGAAUAUGUAUUUUGAAUAUAUAAAAUUAUGUUGGAUGCAUAUAUACAAUAUGUUGCAAAUCAAGAAAC